AUGUCGGCAAUUAAGAGCAUAAUUAACAGGUCAAGAUCGCACAGGGUGGUCCAAUACAGCUCAGCACCAGACCUGAACCGUUUUGGUGGUGGCGGUGCUGCAGAGACUACUUCAUAUUGGGCUAAUUUGCCUCAAGAGUUAUUAAGAGAAGUGCUUAUUAGGAUAGAAGAAUCAGAGAGUAGUUGGCCACCAAGAAAAAAUGUGGUGGCUUGUGGUGGUGUUUGUAGGAGCUGGAGACAUAUAACUAAAGAAUUAGUUAAAGUCCCCGAACUUUCUGGCAAACUCACUUUCCCGAUAUCUGUCAAGCAGCCUGGCCCAAGGGAACCUCUCCUCCAGUGCUUCAUAAAGCGGUGUAGGUCCACUCAAACAUACCGUCUUUAUCUCAGUUUAAAUAAUGCAUUAGCUGAAGAUGGUAAAUUCCUUCUUGCUGCACGCAAGUGUAGACGUCCCACCUGCACAGAUUAUAUCAUCUCUCUAGAUACUGAUGAUAUGUCCAAGGGAAGCAAUACUUAUGUGGGGAAACUUAGAUCCAAUUUUCUUGGAACCAAGUUCACGGUCUUUGAUGGGCAGCCACCUCAUGCUGGAGCCAAGAUGACAAAAAGCCGCUCCUCUAGGCUAGUAAAUUUGAAACAAGUUUCUCCAAGGGUUCCUACUGGAAACUACCCAGUGGCUAACAUCUCAUAUGAAUUGAAUGUAUUGGGUUCCAGGGGUCCUAGGAGAAUGCAUUGCAUUAUGGAUGCCAUCCCCGCUGCUGCCAUUGAACCUGGUGGAGUAGCUCCCACGCAGACCGAGUUUUCUCAUCACAGUGUAGAUUUCUUUCCAUCACUCCCGUUUUUCCGUUCAAAGUCAAACCGUGUUGAGAGAGUUGAGAGCUUUCAAUCAGGACCCUUGUCCAGUCAGAGAGAAGGAGCUUUGGUACUGAAAAACAAGGCUCCAAGGUGGCAUGAGCAGCUCCAGUGUUGGUGUUUGAAUUUUCAUGGACGAGUUACAGUUGCUUCAGUGAAAAACUUUCAGUUGGUUGCUUCCCCUGAAAAUGGACCAGCUGGGCCAGAACAUGAGAAUAUCAUCCUCCAGUUUGGCAAAGUGGGAAAGGAUUUGUUUACCAUGGAUUACCGUUAUCCAAUCUCCGCAUUCCAAGCAUUUACAAUUUGCCUCAGUAGCUUUGACACCAAAAUUGCUAGUAUUGCAAAUGAAAUGCACAGAGGCUGCUGCUUGUUUGAAGGCUUUGAUAUGAUGGUGUUGAUUCUAACUUCUAUUAAGAUGCCUUGUACUCGUGCUGUUCAGCUUUCAAUUCCAGCUGCUGAACAAGUGAUAAACCGGCAGAGACAAGGGAAUUUGCAGCCAGCUCUCCCGAAAAAGACAGCCGACACAAUCAUGAUUCCUGCAAAAUCAAGCCAAAACUAUGGCCUCGGGCAGCAAAAUGGAGAGCCAAGGUCAACGCAAAGGGCAAGGGCUUUGAUGUUGCUAACAGGGAGCAACAAAAGAGUGAGUUUGAGGUCCCCAAGGCUUGGAUUAUAUUUCAAACCAGCCCUUAAGGAGUUGAUGACGGCAGCAACUCUUGGAGCAAAGAAUUGA